AUUACAUUACCGUUUCACAAAGACGCUGUAAUUGAGAUGGCAUUCAAUCCCAAGAAUUCCAGCCAGUUCUUAUUGAUGACUAAGAGAGACAUUUGGAUUGGCAUAUCUGAAAAAAUCUUCGUCUACGAACGCGGCAUGUUAAAAGAAACAGACGACUACCGCCUCAAGAUCCAUUGUACGGAAAAACAUAAGACCACAGACGUCGGCAGACUGACUUGUUUCACAUUUGUGGAGAGCACAUCGCAAAUUUUGGUGGGCUGCAGCAGAGGUGGUAUUCUAGUGUUUGGUUAUACGAUGGAAUAUAACCAAGAACUAGAAGAUACAAACUUCGAGAACCUUCGGUACAUCAAGGUGUUAAAAGUUGAUCGGUAUAGGAUUAACGUUAUCAAGAGUAUUGAUGGUGUGAUAGUGACGGGCAACAGCGCAGGAGAGAUACAUUUCUUCGAUGACCACAUCAGGUUGAUGUAUUGGGUUCACGGUUUCACCGUGGACAGUGUCAAGGGGCUGUAUUUCAAUGUUAUGCCGAGGAGCUAUGAGAUUUUCGACCCUAAGUGUAGAAAGAUAUGCCCCUGCUGGGAAAAAGUUGAGACAACAACGGAUGAGGUUACAGGAAUAAAGCGGCAGAAACUGCUCAAAAUGAAGACACCUACUGACGCUACUACCAGAGCCAAGCCUUUUCUUGUCCGAGAUUUUUUGAUUUUGACACAUAACCAGGGCAUAGGGUUUGUGGAUUUUGUAACGGAAAAACUGACAACUGUAUUGGAUUACCAAAUAUCACCUGCCACCUCUUUAUCUGUACACCCUGAAAAGCAAAUAGCCUGCAUAGGCUACCAAGACGGGAAUAUAGAGAUGUUCCUUCUGAACGAACAUAGAAUAUUUACUCGACUUCACUUGCGGGAAUAUUACAAGAUUGUAAUUCCGCCUAGGGACGAAUCACUUAAAGGAGACUGCGAAAUCACCAUACCACAAUUGUCUGUCACAUGCUUGAAAUACGCUCCGUCAGGUGUACACCUAGCUUGUGGUCUGAACAACGGCCAACUGCUAUUCCUGGACCCCACCACACUGGAGAUCAAAACGCCGAAACCAUUCAAGGACACUAAAUUCGCCAUAAAGGAUAUUGCCUAUAGCGAAGAUUCACUUACCCUGGCAUUUUCGGACACAGGCAAAACAGUCUGCGUGUACAAAUACGACUGCGACACUCAAAAAUGGACCUUCAUCGGGAAGCAUAGAGCUCAUUAUAAAGAUAUUACUACCGUCUUGUUUCUUCCACGGAAAAACCCCAACGGAGACUACAAGCUUAUCUCUUUGGGAACCGAUCGCAUUAUGGUGGAAUACGAUAUUGGACAAAGUAAGGAUGAAUGUUUAGAAAUCUUAAGCUUAGACAGGAUGGACCAAUCUGCUGUGCCUCUAACAGCCAUCAACUGGCCCACUCCAAAAUACGUCGACCCUGAAACCUGCAAGAUGGACUUGCCCUUGAUACUGGUUGCCAACGAUCAGCACAAAUACAAAAUUAUAAACUACGAUACGACAAUGACAUUAUCGACCAUACUUGGUCCCCGAUAUGAACAACCUGUUAACAAAAUUGAGUUGAUAUCGAGGAUCGUAAAGGAUGAAGAAGUGGAGUACUUGUUGUUUGCUACUAAGUACGUUAUUGGACUGCAGAGAUUGCCCCUGGAUGGAAACCCUUGGAAACAUGCUGCUCAGUUGGGGCAUCCUAAUCGCUUGACCGUCAUGAACUUUCGUCAAGAUCUGAACAAUUUAUAUACAAUUGGUUCCAAGGACAACUGCAUGGUAAUAUGGUCAGCUGUUCAGGAUUCUGUUGACGCUACCACCCUUGCCGGCGGAGGCGAUCUCGACCCAUACUACUGUUUAAUAGAAAACGGAAGACCAGGGUGGCUCUUCCAGGAAAUCAGAGACCUCUUCUAUUACAUACAGAUAUUGUGCCAAGGGACUUUUUCUCCUGCUCAGAGAGGUGUUAAAGAUUAUAUACCCAUAGACUCUUUGCCUGAUUUGAUGCGCGCUUUAGGAUACUUCCCUUCGGAAUAUGAGGUAGAAAACUUACUAGUUGAAGCUAGACACAAAAUAUACCAAAAAAAGCCAGUAACUGAAAUUGAUUUUGAAGACUUCGUCAAACUAUAUCUUAAUCAUCGACCAGCCCUUGGUGAGAAUGUCAGAAAGAUUAGAAAUGCUUUCAAGACGUUCGCCACGUUUAGAAGGGACGAGUAUGUGGUGGACAGGGACAUGUUCGUGGACAUUCUUUCGGAAUAUGGCGAAAACUUUCCAAGAAACUUAUCGUGGUAUCUCCUGUCAAUCGUGUCCGGAAUCGGUUUUGACGAUCGAGCACAAAUGAGUCCAGACGAUUUCACGUUUCUGCCGAAAAAAUUGAAGCUACACGACCUUCUUACGACAAUAAUGGGCGUGCCCGAUGCAGACGCAAUGAUAGAACUUUUGUCGGUCCCCGAUUCGCUGGUUUCACAAAAUAGUGGUUCCUCUUUGGAGUCCGCUAAGGAUACCGAGUUUAAUAGGAUGUGGAUUUAGUAUUACCAUGAACCAAUAACUGAAGGAUCAAUAACCUGGAGUAGGUUAUAUUAUGUAAAUUGCUUUGAAUAGAAUUUUUUUAGACGAAUACAACCGUCGACAUCCAAAAUUGAUUAACAUUAAUUUGUUUAAAACUAGAUUUGAACCAGAAUGCCAACCAAGCGUGUACGUACGGCAUGUUUAGGCAAGUUCCUAUCGAUUAAUUAUAAAUUGCAAAAUUUAUGUUAAUACAAAUAUAUAAAAGAAAAU